GUAAAAAGUAACAAUCGUGUAGUAAAAAAUAACGUCACCGAGCGGCGCGCGCGCACACACUAACGUGGAGCGUGGGAUCAUUGGUGGCGCGCGCUGGGCUCCAAAGCUUUGAUCACGGAGACCGAACGGGGAGGAAGCGAGAACGAAGAUAGCCCUAGCCCUAAAAGACAACAGCUAUCUAAUUCAGUCUUCGAAUUCUCUGUAACAUCACCGACCCCGUCACCACCAAUGCGACCAUGGGAGAUUUCAUCUAAUAGGCGGCCUCCAUCGGCUCGGCCCAUCCAACACCAAUUCUCAGGGGAACGAUGCAACACUCCAGCUCGCAACAGAAGAAGUCCUCCUGUAAGACGUCAAAGAGGAAGAAGGGAACGUCUGUCCCGUCAUAGUUCCAUUAACCAGGAUGAAAACUAUCACCAUCUUUCCUAUGGCCAACCGCAAACUGUAGAGGAACCAAGAGCCUUCCACCCUCCAACUGUAUCCCCCCGUAUGCUGCACCCAGCGGCACAUCCUCCUCAGCAAAACACAGUCAUGAUUGAUAUUCAUAAACAGAUUCACCAGGGCACCGUGCCAGUCUCAUACACAGUCACAACCGUAGCACCACAUGGGAUCCCCCUUUGUACUGGACAGCACAUCCCCGCUUGUAGCACGCAACAAGUUCCUGGUUGUUCUGUGGUUUUCAGUGGACAGCAUUUACCGAUGCUUCAAGCUUGCUCGGUUCAGCAUUUGCCGGUCCCAUAUGCUUUCCCACCACUUAUUUCCAGUGACCCAUUUCUAUUACAUCCUCCUCAUCUCUCUCCACAUCACCAUGCUCACCUGCCCCCUCCUGGCCAGUUUGUACCUUUUCAGACUCAACAGUCCCGCUCGCCUCUGCAAAGGAUAGAAAAUGAAGUAGAAUUACUGGGAGAACAUCUACCUGUCGGAGGGUUUACAUACCCUCCAUCUGCACAUGCGCCAACCCUUCAACCUUCUGCCCCCCUACAGUUCAUAACCCAUGAUCCCUUGCACCAAGAGGUUUCCUUUGGUGUUCCCUAUCCUCCAUUUAUGCCUCGAAGAAUAACAAGCCGAAGUCGAUAUAGAUCACAGCAGCCCAUACCACCACCACCUUAUCACCCAAGCCUGUUACCCUAUGUUUUAUCAAUGCUUCCAGUGCCUCCUGCUGUAGGACCAACCUUUAGCUUUGAGUUGGAUGUCGAAGAUGGAGAGGUGGAAAACUAUGAGGCAUUGUUGAAUCUUGCGGAAAGGUUGGGUGAAGCCAAACCUCGAGGACUAACAAAAGCAGACAUUGAACAGCUUCCAUCAUAUAGGUUCAACCCAAAUAACCACCAGUCAGAGCAAACUUUAUGUGUUGUAUGCAUGUGUGAUUUUGAGUCAAGACAACUACUUAGAGUCUUACCGUGCAACCAUGAAUUUCAUGCCAAGUGUGUGGACAAAUGGCUUAAGGCAAAUCGUACAUGCCCAAUUUGUCGAGCAGAUGCUUCAGAAGUACAUCGGGAUUCAGAGUGACCAGUCUCAGAGCACAAAUCUAGCUUUGGGUUUUCCUAGUCACGCGUGUGUGUAUUUUUAUAUGCACAAACACCAACUAUCCAUUGAACUUGUGGCUUCCAGCCUACUCUUUACACCAAAGGGUCAAUGGACCUCUCUUUGCACUGUGUGAUUUAAUCAUUUAUAAAGCUUCUAAUUAGUCUUCACAAUUAUGAGAUUGUUAUACUAACAGUGUGAUUGGGACUCCAAAGAUUAUUAUAUUUUAUAGUCCUUAGCUUAAUUUUGUGUGUGCACUAACAUUCCCUGGUUUUCGUGUGAUCAUUCCGAGUGUAUUGCUGCAAGAUUACCGUGGACGUGAUCUUUUAGCAUGUUAUUUUAUAUUUAAAGGAAAAAAGAAACAAAACAAUGGUAGCUCCAAACAAUUUAGCAACCUACCUUUUUUUUAUUGUAGAGCCUUCAAAUACUGUGAGUGGAUGG